GAGGGUCAAGAGGCAGACAAGUGAGCAUUGAGUGGCCUUUGCGAGGUCACCAACCCCCCCACUUUAUCAGGCUAAGGUCACAGAGAGCUCGCUGACCUUAUUAACACCUCUUGUACCUGCAACAUUAGCAUUUACCAUAAGAAAAAGAUGGAUGAAGCAUGUCCAAGGUUCAGAAGCUUCGAAACACUGGCAAGACAGUAGAUGGUGACACGUGUACACCCCCCACCCUACCCUCCCUCUACCCACGUGACGUCACUCCCUCUAGAAACAGUCAGACACUAAAAGGCGUGUUUUGGUCAUCCUGUUUCUUAUUGGACGAAAGAUAGAGUUUUAGUAUCCCAUCUUUCUCUUUUAGUAGCUUUGAGAAACAGUGAAGUGACAAACCUUCUCUCUCUCUCUCUCUCUCUCUCUCUCUCUCUCUCUCUCUGAAAACCACAAAAGUCACAGAUGCAGUACUCAAAGAACACUAAUCCUCACUACACUGCUUCACAAACCCCUACACUUCCCUUCCCUUCCCUGCGUUGCCUUCACUGCUCCGCCCAGCCAACCACCACAGCUCAGCCCAUCCAGCCAGCCAGCCAUCCCCUCACCACCGCUCCCAGCCUUGCCACGCCUCGGGAACACCAAGCCUCCCCAGCACACCAGCCCGUCAAUGCCUCUCCAACAAACUGGCCCAUCCACGCCUCCCCAGCACAUCAGUCCCAUGACACCUCCCACGCCUCACCUCUGAGCUGCGAGAGAAGUGACUCCCAGUAGCCAAUGUCCAGGCCGGUGGUGGGGCCGGCCAGCUUCAUUUCAAUGUUACGCUGCAGCUGGUUCAGUUCGGCCACAGACUUGUUGACAAACACGCUGGACACGUCUGAGGCCACAGCAGCGUGGAUGCCCUGGCGGUGGUGAGCUGAGAGGUCGAUGGAGGCCACGUCCCGCUGUCUGAGGCGCCGCAGCUCAUCCUGCACGAUGGUGAUCAGGUCGUUCCAGUAGCUCUGGUUGAUGUCCUGCACAGGGAGAUGAUGGUGAGUUAUUAUGGAUAAAAUAAAGGUAAAUCGACUCAAAACUCAGGAAAAUAUUAGCUUAUCAAUCUUUGGUGUCUGGUUUUCAUGGCAGAUGACAGCUGGUGACAAAGAAAUUUAACUCAAACACAAGAAAAUAUUAGCUUAUCAAUGUGUGGUGUUUGGUUUUCACGACAGAUGAUGGCUGGUGAUUACGGAGGACAAUGAAAAAAAGGUAAUCAAC